ACACGGAAACAACCCAUUCCGGUUGUAUUCCCUUCUCACUUGACCGGCCAUGAUGUUGAGUGCCGUAUCGAAGGCAGCCUCCGGGGCUCUGAGGGUUGUAAAACCCGCCCUUCUGCAAAACGAAGCUGCUAAAGUCGCUGGGGCGGUUUCAGUAAACAACCGGCAAUAUGCAAAAGCUGCGGCAUCCCCCAAGGCAGCCACUGGAUCAACCGGCAAGGUUGUUGCCAUCAUUGGUGCCGUUGUUGACGUACAGUUUGAGGACAACCUGCCACCAAUCCUCAACGCCCUCGAAGUACAAAACCGUUCCCCCAGGCUAGUCCUUGAGGUUGCCCAGCACUUGGGAGAGAAUACCGUUCGCACAAUCGCCAUGGACGGUACCGAAGGUCUUGUCCGUGGACAGGCAGUCCAGGACUCUGGAUACCCAAUCCGUAUUCCAGUGGGUGCCGAAACUCUGGGACGUAUUAUUAACGUAAUCGGUGAGCCGAUCGACGAGCGUGGUCCGAUUCCGACUGAUCUGAGAGCAGCAAUUCACGCCGAUGCUCCAGAGUUCGUAGAAAUGUCCGUAGAGCAAGAAAUUCUUGUCACCGGUAUCAAGGUCGUCGAUCUUCUGGCCCCGUACGCUAAGGGAGGAAAAAUUGGUCUCUUCGGAGGUGCCGGAGUAGGCAAGACUGUACUGAUCAUGGAGCUCAUCAACAACGUAGCCAAGGCCCAUGGUGGUUACUCCGUGUUUGCUGGUGUCGGUGAGCGUACCCGAGAGGGUAACGAUCUUUACCACGAGAUGAUUGAGUCCGGUGUAAUCUCGCUCAAGGACAAGACCUCCAAAGUAGCGCUGGUAUACGGACAGAUGAACGAGCCCCCUGGUGCUCGUGCCCGAGUUGCCCUCACCGGUUUGACUGUUGCCGAAUAUUUCCGUGACCAGGAAGGUCAGGACGUGCUGCUCUUCAUUGACAACAUUUUCAGGUUCACCCAGGCCGGUUCUGAGGUGUCUGCUCUUCUUGGUCGAAUUCCAUCAGCCGUAGGUUACCAGCCAACAUUGGCAACAGACAUGGGUACCAUGCAGGAGCGUAUCACCACCACCAAGAAGGGAUCCAUCACUUCUGUCCAGGCUAUUUACGUGCCAGCUGACGAUUUGACCGAUCCCGCGCCAGCCACGACCUUCGCUCACUUGGACGCCACCACUGUGCUUUCCCGUGCCAUUGCCGAGCUGGGUAUCUAUCCUGCCGUCGAUCCCCUCGACUCCACUUCUCGUAUCAUGGACCCCAACAUCAUUGGAGCAGAGCACUACAACAUCGCUCGUAACGUACAGAAGAUCCUUCAGGACUACAAGUCCCUUCAGGAUAUUAUUGCUAUUUUGGGUAUGGACGAGUUGUCGGAAGAGGACAAACUCACUGUCGCGAGAGCCCGUAAAAUUCAGAGAUUCCUCUCUCAGCCCUUCCAGGUCGCUGAAGUGUUCACUGGACACGCCGGAAAGCUCGUACCUUUGGCCGAAACGAUCAAGGGUUUCCAGAAGAUUUUGGCCGGAGAAUACGACCACCUCCCAGAGGUUGCCUUCUAUAUGGUUGGACCAAUUGAAGAGGUUGUCGCAAAGGCAGAAACACUCGCCAAAUCAUAAACUAUAAACUAAUAGUUAAAAGUUGAACCUUUAAACUUUAAUAAAACGCCCAGCAGGGAAUCAUUCAACGUUCCAUUGUCAUCGCCCGACUAAAAAAAAAAGCAAAAGAAACAAUGUAUCAUACGGGCUCAAAUUGUGAGCUUCGCCGAUUGCUGUAAUCGAUUGAUUUGUAGUCAGGAAAAACCGUUUUAAAUAAAAUAGAUUUAAAAGUAAAAA